UUGUGCUUGAGGAAAAUGGUAAGUCAUAAGAUGUGAGAAACAUAUCGACUUUGACAUUUUAGCUAAGUUAGUUUAUCACCAGAGCUGUAUAAUGAAUACCAGCCACGCCCCGCUUCGUGAGCGACGCUCGCUAGUAGUAUAGUUGGCACAGCGCGUCAUGCGCGGAAGCAGCACAAGAGCAGGAUCAAGCACAAAGGGAAGCAGAAGAGCUGGCCAAGCGCAAAGAAGAAGCCAAAGAGCAUAUCGAGGCACAACUUACUGAAGACUUGCAACCGCUUGCAGCGAAAUGGAAGGGUCUAGGCACCCAGCUCAGUGUUCCAGCAGCAGAGCUGGAUGCGAUAGCAGCAGAGCAAACUUGUUCAGAAUGCCUCCGGAGAAUCAUCCAGGAGUGGCUAAAAAAUGGCAAGAAGCACACGAAGGCAGACCUGGUGGAAGUUUUGAAGAAGCAAGCGGUUGGAGAAACGCGGCUUGCAAACCGUAUUUCAGCUGCAGAUGACAAAGUUAUUCCAGAUGAUUUUGACGAGGACUCUACGCGUAUUCUCUGUGAAGAGCUAAAUGAGAUUGCAUACAAGUAUAGUGAGCUCGGCCUACAGCUGUUAGGCACCAACAGUGCAGUUAAGAAAAUCGAAAAUAAAGUGAAGGAUGUGAAACGCUACCUAGGUGAAAUGAUUGCAAAGUGGCUAGCAAAUUAUUACACAGGGAACCAGCCAUUCGAAGAUGUGUUGGUCGCCAUUCGAAGCAAAUCAGUAAGCGAAAAGGCACUUGCAAAUACGUUGGAAACAAAAUGGAAAGAGAAAGGAUUCUGUAAGUCACUUCACCAAUAACUGCUGUCACUCAUAGCCAGGUUCCUCCCCCUCUCUCCAAACAGUGCCUGAAGAACCAGCC